AAAUCGGAGCUAUAACUCUUCUGGCGGAUGUCUGAAAUGGAAAAACACUGUAGUAUCAUGCUCUUGGCGAACAACGAGACGAUUCGAGCACAAAGCUCGAUCACGUUCAGUACUAAAGCAUGGUAUAUUGUGAUUGCGACUCGAUAUUGCUAAAAACAUCUAACAUAUUAUUAAUUUGCAAUCUCUUGCAAAUUGAUAUUUCUAUCGGACACAAAUUAUUUUCUUUCGGAAUUGAAGAACUCAAUACUAAUGAACACGAUCACGCGUAAACAAGUGUGAAGUACAAAGUUCUGUAUUUUUCAAUAGAUUACAAUUCUUCACUCGUGCAUUAACAGUGAUGGGGCUCACGGGUAUUUCUUGUUAUUUCGAACAUGUUUCAAUCGAGUUGCUCAAUUAUUCUUGGUGUGUCGAGUGAGUCGCAAAAUAAUAAAAACGGGACAUGGUGGAACUCUCUACGCUUUUGUAAUUGCUUCAUCCCAGGAUAACUUGCGACAUUCGGAAAUCAAAACUAUUGCCGAAACAGGGGUGCUUCGCGGAGUGAAAGAAUCGCGUCGUCCACGAGGAGAUAAAGUCGAUCGAAUCGAUAUUAUAACUGCUUCAUGGCAAGCUCGCAAAACGAAUACCUGAGCGGUGGAUGUUGUCGAUCAGUACGAACAUGUACGGAAACGCGAAUCAAGUGCGAACAGGCGAGUGUAAUCAGACGGCCGGCCAAGGAUUGAGGAACAUCACCGACGAGCUCUGCGAAGCAUUACUGGAUUACAUCAAUGUUACGUCAGAAUCGAAUGUUAAUGCAACGGAGGAGAUUGAUUCGUUUUACUUCUACGAGACAGAACAAUUCGCAGUACUAUGGCUGUUAUUUGCGGUAAUAGUCGCUGGCAAUACUGCUGUUCUCGCCGGACUUCUGCUAGGAAAACGCAGAAAAUCUCGGAUGGACUUUUUCAUCAAACAAUUAGCAUUUGCGGAUCUACUAGUCGGCCUAAUAUCCGUAUUGACGGACAUAAUCUGGAGAACGACGGUCACGUGGUAUGCGGGAAAUGUAGCUUGCAAGCUGAUAAGGUUUAUGCAAGCCGUAGUGACCUACAGCUCAACUUAUGUCCUUGUAGCUUUGUCAAUCGACAGAUACGACGCCAUUACUCGCCCGAUGAAUUUCUCCGGCAGCUGGUGGAGAGCUCGAGCUUUAGUAAUCACGGCUUGGGCUCUAUCAGCGUUAUUCAGUAUGCCGAUGAUAUUUCUAUAUGAAGAGAAACGAAUACAGGGUACGACACAGUGCUGGAUCGAUUUGGGCUCCCCGACUCAAUGGAAGAUCUACAUGAGUUUGGUGAGUUUCAGCCUCUUUAUAGCGCCCACCCUGAUAAUAGGAGGCUGCUACACAGUCAUCGUGGUCACAAUAUGGUCGCAAGGAGCAGCGCUACGUCAGGGACCGACUAGAGACACUCGAAGAGCGUCCUCGAGAGGUCUCAUUCCCAGGGCGAAAAUCAAAACCGUUAAAAUGACUUUCGUCAUAGUUUUCGUCUUUAUCCUUUGCUGGAGUCCGUACAUAGUCUUCGAUCUCCUUCAAGUUUAUGGACAUGUACCCAAAACGCAGACGAAUAUCGCUGUCGCCACUUUCAUACAAAGUUUGACGCCGCUCAAUUCAGCCGCCAACCCAAUCAUUUAUUGCCUCUUCAGUACUCCAUUCUGUAAAACUGUACGGAACAUGCAGGCAAUAUCCUGGAUUUCGGGUUGGUGCCCGACAAAUUCGCAUCAUUGCUUCGGCAUCGGAGCGACGAAUAGCAGUACGAGGGCGACCGUGACGACGUCCCUGACGGCACAGUCCUCCCGCAGAAGUGGACACUUUACUAUGUUGCACUCCACGUCGCGAAAACGCGUCAUGGUCUCUCUGGUCUAGAGUUCACGAUGUCUGAGAUGUGGUCGCAUCAAUUUCUUUGCAGAUUUAUAUUCUACAUCGAAAUAGACUUUUAGUAAAUUUACUUGUCUACACUAGCAACUAAUUAUUAUUAUAGGAAGAACAUAAUUUAUCUUUCUUACAAAUCAUAUAAAAAAAUCAAUUAUUUUUUGCGGGCAAAUGUUAUACCGAUUUGAAAAUACAUAGUUAUCAGAUAUAUCCGAGUGCUGUCUGCAUCAUCUAUAUAAUAAUUUUUGCAAAAAAAGAAAUCUUGCGAUUGCAACGAUUGCAGAAAUUUUCUUGCUCUAAAAAAGUUUUUGCUUUUAUAAUAUACUCUUUAAUAUUGUUUGUAUAUAUUGUUUGUAAUAUCUUUUUAUAAACAAUUUUCAAUGAUAUUGCUGAAAUCAGUCCGCUUUCAAUAAGAUAAUCAAGAACACAACAAUUAUCUUAAAUUAAAAAUAAAAUUAUGCUCUAAUAAUGUGUUUAAAUAUUAUAAAUUGAUGUUUUCUCAAUUCAAUAAACUGUAAUUUUCUAUACGUAAAGUGUAAUAACAAUUAUAAAUGAAUGAUCUCAUAUUGUGAAAUUUCACAUAAAGCUUUGUUUCAUAGUUCCUUGUAAUAAAAAUGAGAAGGUUAAACACAUCUGUGCUAUAAUUAUAUUGUAAA